GCAAUAGGUCCCCUGUGGCCCCGAGGCUAAAUGGAGUGAUGGCUUCACGUGCAAAACAUAAUACGGAAGUACCGACAGGCGUUCUGGUUUCAAUAUUUGAUGACACUAUUUCACAGGAAGUUCGUCCUAGUCACUGUCAGCAGAUGUACAAUGAACAGACUACUGGGUCGGCCCAUGAAAAACCUUCUAGAGCUACUACUACUGAUAAUAAUACUAAUACAAUUGCUGUUAGCCUAGGCCUAGAAUCGGAUGAUACUGCAUCGACUGCUUUAGGGAGCGCGAUGGAGCGUGCUGGCGAUGGAUCACAGGUUGUGGGGACAUCUGAUGAUGUGCGACUGUGUGGCUUCCUAAGUAAACAAGGAGACAGAGGCUUGAUUAGACCUUUUAGAACAAGAUGGUUUGUGUUUGAUCAGCAUACCUGUCGUUUGUAUUACUACAGAACCAAACAAGAUCUGUUACCGCUUGGACACAUCGACAUUUCUAAUGCCUCUUUCACAUUUGACGUUGGCUGCCAGGAGAGUGGCCAGUUCAAUUUUGAUAUCAGCUCUGACGGACGGCAAUACCACCUACAGGCUAAUGAUAGGCACACAAUGAUGUACUGGCUUCAGGAACUUCAGGAAAAGCGUAGACAGUUCAGUUUGCUGCAGACUUGCCUUGCCCGUACUAGGAGCAACCACAAGGACACUUCAAAACAGUAUUCAACUACUGGAUUAGUCAGCACCCAGCGAUCAAAGGCAGCCAUACAAAUUGGAUCACAGAAUCAAAGUCAAGUUUACUCUCAAAUCCUCAAUCCCCUGGAACCACCAAAACAUUCAGUCGGAGAAGCGGCCACGCAGUCCAACCCUAAUGUUGGGAUGUUUAACACUGCAUUCAGCAAUCUCAGAAGUCAAAUGUCCCAAAUAAGCUUGCCUUCAAGAAAAAGAACGUCAAGUGGGCAGGAAACUAUAGUGACCAGCAAACGUGGAUCAGGGAUCGAUUUCCAGACCUCAACAGAAAUGGAACCAGCAACAACUGAGGGGCAACGAGCCAAGUCCAAGGAGGGUUUCAUGUCAAAUUUUAGGAGAAAGACUCCUCCAGUCUCUAAAAGUAGCUCUUUGACGUCCAGUAGCCCCAGCUUGGACAGUGCAUGUGGGAAAUGUCAGCAGCUUCAAAACCAAAUCUCAUCGUUGGUGGAGGAGAGUGAAGCAAUGGAGAAUGAAUUCAAAGCAAAACAAGAGUUGAUUACAGUGCUCCAUCAGCAGCUAACUGCUGCUAGUUUAGAAAAAGCAACAAGCUUCCAGUUCCUGGAAUGUAAAACAGACCAAGAAAAGUUGAUGAUAUUGCAACGUAAAAAUAAACAACUUGUUCAAUUGGAGCAACUGCUAGAGGAGCUGAACAGUGACAGAGAUGCAAUAAAAGAACAAUUCAGAACAUGUGAACUUGAAGUUAAGGGUUUAAAAGAGCAAGUGAACAUGUUUCAGGAACUAGUAAUGGCUAAGGAUGAGAUAGUUAUGUCUCUUACAUCAAGGGUACAAGAACUUGAGAACCGAGGUCCCGUAUUAGCUACUUAUACCAACUCAGUUGUAGAUUGUAAUAAGACAAGUGACCAAGGAAAUGGACUUGACGUGGGAAGCGAUUUUUCAAGCAGUGUUGCGCUGGCAACAUCAAUAGACCACCCAAUUCCUCAGUCAUUGGUCAACCUUCAAGAACUUGACAAGCUAAAGGAUUCUUUGCAAGCAUACGAAACACAAAAUAAAUUUUUGAACAAGGAGAUCCUUGAGUUGAACCAACUACGUGCUAAUGAUAGUUUGAGAGAAAAAUCUUUAAUUUACAACAAGACCGAGUUGGAAGCUAAUUACUGCAGGAUCAACAGCAAAUAUUUGCUUUUACUUAAAGAACUGAAAACACCACAAAGAGACGGUGUACCCCAAGCGGAUGAUAUCAUUUCACGUCUCCUCCAAGAAGCAAUUGAUGGCGAUGUUUCAGCUCCUGUGGAGAAUACCAAGAGUGAUCUAACCAGGUUUGAAGAGUAUGACGAGUAUGGGUUCAGUAUAACAGCGGAAGGAGACAAUGAAGAUACACUCAGCUCAAGGGCUGCUCAGUUCCAAAGAAGAUCAGAUGAAAUAUCGGCAAAGAUGAGAGAUUUGGAGAUAUCAUUGUCAGUUAAGUGGGAGAACUAUUUUGUGAAUCUCGGAGACAGAGAACUUGUGAAAACUGCUGAACUUAAGGCACUGGUGCGACAAGGAAUCCCUCAUGAAUUUAGAGCUAAUGUCUGGAAAGGAUGUGUAGAUUCAUUUGUGAAGAAAGAUAGAGAAAAGUUUGGCCUUGGUUACUACAUGAAACUCCUGGACACAAAGAAAUACCAACGCAGUCCAGCAGCUAAGCAAAUUGAGUUGGACUUGCUGAGGACCUUACCAACCAAUAAGCAUUACUUAAAUAUGGACUCAGAUGGCAUUCCUAAGCUGAGGAAGGUACUGCUGGCUUAUAGUGUUCAUAAUCCAAUGAUAGGCUAUUGUCAAGGGCUGAACCGACUGGCAGCCCUUGCUUUACUAUACCUGAAUGAAGAAGAUGCUUUCUGGUGUAUGGUUGCAAUCAUUGAACGCAUUAUGCCACCGGACUAUUACAGCAAGACUCUGAUUGGCUCACAGACUGAUCAGCGUGUCUUCAAAGAACUCUUAAGUGAAAAGAUUCCACGUUUAAAUGCUCAUCUUGAUCGCGAAAAUGUGGAUCUCUCUUUAGUAACUUUUAACUGGUUUAUUACAAUAUUCUGUGACAACAUCCCAGCAGAGACAAUGCUUCGAGUUUGGGACACAUUUUUGUUUGAAGGCAACAAGGUGCUCUUUCGUUUUGCCUUAGCGUUUUUUAAAUACCAUGAAGAAAAGUUACUGCAGAUGACUGGAUAUAUAGAUAUCUUCAACUUCCUCCGGCAAAUGCCUUCGACGAUGACAGACAUUAAAAGUUUAUCCCAGAUUGCCUUUUAUGAAUUGAACCCGUUUCCAAGACGACUCAUUAACAACAAGAGGCAAUUUCACAGAACACAAGUUUUGCAUGAACUGGAAGAACUGGAUGCUAUUCGAGAGGAGUUUGUGGUCAGCAGACCAAAUGCAGUUGUUGAUGGAGUAAUGAGUGAUGAGGAAGACGAGUACACAAUCAUUGAUGCAAUGGGCAACUGACUUUCAUCCUAAAGCAUGAACUGGAAGAACUGGAUGCUAUUCGAGAGGAGUUUGUGAUCAGCAGACCAAAUGCAGUUGUUGAUGGAGUAAUGAGUGAUGAAGAAGACGAGUACACAAUCAUUGAUGCAAUGGGCAACUGAGUUUCAUCUUACAGUGCUGAUGCUUUCUACAGCAAUCUCUUAAGGAGGCUUACGAUUUGAAAUGACGAUGGGCCUAGAGUCAUCCAUGCAUUUGAAUACUAGAGUUUAACCUGAAUUCUUGUUCAGUUUGGUCUGAAUCUCGGUUGUGUGAAGACUUUGUAGUAGUGAACACGUUGAUCCAUCCUGGAUUAAUGUUCUCCCUCCAAAUAGAAGACUUUUGAUUACUAUAAAGACACAUAGCCUGUCAUGGGCAGGUUUGUGACAACUAUAGAGCAUGCCUAGUCUCGUAAUUAAUAUUCAAGAAUGUUUCAUAAUUUCUAUUUUCAUCUCUCUGCAUUUCACAAACCAUACAAAUUGUUAUGGCAUAUGGAAAAGGAUUAUAGAUAAUAGUCUUUCAAAAGUUCCGAAGACACAGGAGCCCAUCACAAUACAGCUAUUGCACUAGCCAUAUCGUAGGAUAUGACACAUUAGCUUCUCUCUGAUUGAUCUGAGCAGCAACGGACUUCAUGUAGAUAUCACAUCCCAGAUUGAUACCUCAUGAGGUGGGAUCUAAACACGAUGAGUAAAAUUUUGGCUGUGCAAUGUAUUAGGUGAUCAAAUUGGUGGGGUCCUUCUGGUGGUAAUUAGGCAGGAGACAGUCCCAACUCUUUUCGGAAGAGUGUACUGCAUUCUUUAACAUGCACAUUCGCCAUAUUGCACACAGGACCAACAGCCUAAACGUCUCUUCCGAAAGACAAUCCGUUUUGUUUUACACCGGUUAUCAGCCCUCCAGCUGAAACGCAAGGAGAGCAGUACAUGCAAUUGAACAGAGAACCGAAGGUUUACAAUGGAUCUCAGCUGUUUAGGCCACUCACAAUGGAUGAUUGUCUUACAAUCUUGGGUAUCUUAGAUUUAAUUACCAUAUUGUAAAUGAAAAAUAAAAAGAGAAUAAUAUACUGUAAAUGUUGAAUAACCUUUUAAGAAAAAAUAGUAUCUAUUAUGUACAUAAAUGUCAGUACUAACCUAUAUUAUAUUCAUAAAGAAUUAAAAAAAAAUAUAUAUUUUACAGGUCUCUCUCAAAUUAAGGCUACUUUUCCCAAGUAAACUAAUGUCUUUUAUAUUUAUUAUUCUAAUUAGAGACCAAAGCUGCUAAAGACCAAGAAAUCCCGGUUCCAGAAAUAGUCUUCAAUUGAAGGGAGACCUGUAGUGGCUUUAAGAAGUAUAUUCAUGUCCAAUUUAUUUUAAAGAUUACGGAAUAAAUAAAUGUAUAUAUUAUUAUUGAUUCUUCUGUAAAUGAAUUACUGCGAGUACUUAAAAAUAUAUUACUACUGUUUAUGUAUAUCCUUCUUUACCAUUGUUUUAAUGUUUAAUGUCGAACUAUUGUAGUAGGGGGUAUUAAUAAUGUAUUAUUAUUAAGAUAAUGGCAUUUAUAUGGUGCCUUUAUUGUUAUUAUUAUUAUUAUCAUCAUCAUCAUCAUCAUCAUCAUCCAACUAGAGAGUAUUAUUAAUGAUUAUCAUCAUCAUCGUUACUAAUAUUUUUUUCCAUUUUAAAUAUUCUACUUGUCUAGUUUUUAACAAAAACAGGAAAACAUUGGAUAGUUUUUCAAUUAUUAUUUUAUUAAUUUUUAUUGCAUUCUUUCAAUUUUAUUGUACUAAUAUGUAUGCCAUAUUGUGUUCAAAUAAGGUACCAUAUAUGUGGAUUGGAGUACCAUGAUGAGUAAUAUGUAUUUGAUAAUUGGUGUGUGUGUGUGUGUGUAUGUUAUACUGUAUAAAAGAGAAAAGUAUACUAUGAGCUUCUGUUUCCAAAUUAACCUUCUUUUGCGUCUUCAUCACCAUUCACAUCAUUAGCACCGUCACUAACUUCGCCGUCACCAUCAUCAUCUCAAAUAUCGCCUUCCCCACCACCGUCACCACCAUCGUGGAAAAUCAUCGUCACGCAUGGUCACCACUAUCAUUACUAAACUUGCCACCAGCCAUUAUGACCAUCACUGCUACCAGCAUCGCAAAUAUAAUCAACAUUUCUUUCUACCACCUUCAUCACCACCACCAACGUUGUCGUCGUCAUCAUCUUCAACGUCCUCAGGAUCGUCGUCAUAUGUUUUAUGUGUGCGGAUGGGUAUCAUUCUUUAUAAAACGUAGCAUUGACCAUUACCAUAAAAUAUGUUAUAAGCUUUUAAUAUUAUUGUAAAAUCAAUUAAAGUUAUCAAACACAGUUAUUCAAUUUUCUCGUUAAUUUUGAUUGAAGAAUGAAAUUAAAACUCUAAAUUUUGCUUGCAUUGGACCUUCCCCUUACAUCGACGUCUACCGUAUGAUUCAUCAGUUUCAACACUUAUAUGUAUUCAAAUUAUAAAUGUUCUGAAUUAUGGAAAAUUAUAAAUUCUCUUGAAAUGCAGAAAAUCGCAUUAGUCGUAGUCUUUCAACAUAAUGUGUCAGUUGUAUGAAUUCGAUAUCAAUGGUUUUAUUGCCGUCCCAGUGGGAAACCUAAUGACCAAUAAUAGUUGAAAUGCAUUUUAGUAUGUUUUUAUUAUGUAAAACAUUUAUAUAUUUAGAUCGACAAAAAGAUGUGCAGAUUUUGUUGUACAUAUUUCUGAAUAAAACAAUUGGUGGGAAAGCUCACAUUAAUAUUUGGGUUAUUCACAUUUAGAGUUCAGUACAAUAAAAAAAAAAUGCUCGACAAAAAAACGAAA